AUGGAUGGUAUUCUAUAUGAAGCCCAACGCCAGGGACGUAUUAGCUUUUACAUGACGCACUAUGGUGAAGAGGCCAUGAUAGGCGCGGCUGCUGCUCUUGAUCCUGGUGAUGUUGUCCACGGUCAGUACCGUGAAGCGUUUGUGCUGUUGUAUCGUGGAUUUACGUUGGACGACUGUAUGAAUCAGUGCUUCUCCAACGGUCUGGAUGAGGGCAAAGGACGACAAAUGCCAGUCCACUAUGGAUCUCGAAAACACAACUUCCAGACGAUUUCGUCGCCCUUGGGAACGCAAAUACCGCAAGCCGCCGGUUCAGCUUAUGCGCUGAAACUCUCUGGAAAAGGUAACUGCAGCUUAUGUUUCUUUGGAGAAGGAGCCGCGUCAGAAGGCGAUUUCCACGCAGGCCUAAAUAUGGCUGCCACCUUGCAAUGUCCCGUUAUUUUCUUUUGUCGUAACAAUGGAUAUGCAAUUUCCACACCCGCAUCCGAGCAGUACCGAGGCGAUGGAAUUGCCAGCCGUGGCGUAGGUUACGGUAUCAGUACUAUUCGCAUCGAUGGUAACGAUAUUUGGGCGGUUUAUAACGCGGUCAAGGCGGCACGGGCCAUGGUAACAGAAGAAAACCGACCAGUAUUGAUUGAAGCCAUGACGUACCGUGUGGGUCAUCACAGUACCUCGGAUGAUUCCACAAAAUACCGAGAUCGAAAGGAAGUAGAGCAACGCGCUCAGUUUGAUAAUCCCAUUACACGCUUACGACGAUAUAUGGAGUUGAAUGGCUGGUGGACAGCCGAAGAUGAAGAAACUUGCCGUAAAGAAGCGAAAAAAAUGGUCAUGAAAAGCUUCAAUGCGGCAGAAAGGAGGAAGAAGCCCGCAGUAAAACAUUUGUUCACCGAUGUGUAUGAUGAAAUGCCGGCCAACUUAAUAGAGCAACAGAAAGAACUGGAAAAUCUCAUGAAAAAAUACCCAGAUUAUCUUUCUGCAGACAAUUUCGAAUCCGAGUAA